UGCCUCCGCUGCCGCCAUGGCGCCCGUGAAAAAGCUUGUGGUGAAGGGGGGCAAAAAAAAGAAGCAGGUUCUGAAAUUCACCCUUGAUUGCACUCACCCUGUAGAAGAUGGAAUCAUGGAUGCUGCCAAUUUCGAGCAGUUUCUCCAAGAGAGAAUCAAAGUGAACGGAAAAGCUGGAAAUCUUGGUGGAGGGGUUGUGACCAUUGAAAGGAGCAAAAGCAAGAUCACUGUAACAUCUGAGGUGCCUUUUUCCAAAAGGUAUUUGAAAUAUCUCACCAAAAAGUAUUUGAAGAAGAAACGCGACUGGUUGCGUGUAGUCGCUAACAGCAAAGAGAGUUAUGAAUUACAUUACUUCCAGAUUAACCAGGAUGAAGAGGAGGAGGAAGAUGAGGAUUAAAACUCUUUUAUCUGGAAUAUUUUGUAAGAGUUCUUGAAUAAAACUUGGGAACCAAAAAAAAAAAA